UUCCGCUGGAAACCAUCCAAAUCGCUGUAGCGAUUACAUACCAAAACAAAUAAAAAAUUAAAUGAUUCGGAUUCGUCGCGCUAUUUCUGAUCAGCUGCCGCAGCUGAAGAACAUUUACCAUGCCCUGGAAGUGCCCCUCAAGAAACAGCAGCUGCAAAAUGCCCGGCGGCCGACUCUGGAAUGGACUGUGCCGGCUGCCAUUUCACAACAGGAACAGGAGCUGCUGGACUCCCUGAGGAGUCAUACCUUCGAUGCGACGUACAUAGAGAAAGUGCGUUUGGUGCCCAGUGUUGGACGCAGUGCCGCCAAAGUGGAGUUCCAGCUGCAGCCGCAGGCAUUUGUGGAGCAGCUUCUGCGGAAAAGGCAGCCGGAGGUUAUGCCGCUCUCGCCAGCUGACGAGCAUGUGGUUGUGGAGUACAGUUCCCCCAACAUUGCCAAGCCCUUCCAUGUGGGCCACCUGCGCUCCACGAUCAUUGGCAAUGUGCUGGCCAAUCUCCACCAGCAUUUGGGUUACCGGACCACUCGCCUCAAUUACCUCGGGGACUGGGGCACACAAUUUGGCCUCCUGGCCUUGGGUGUUCAGCUGAACCAAGUCAGCGAUAAAGAUAUGCAGAGAGCGCCCAUUGAGACGUUAUACAGAUCCUAUGUGGCUGCCAAUAAAGCGUCUGAGGAGAACCCAGAGAUUGCACAGCGAGCGAGAGACCUCUUCACAGCCCUGGAGGCAGGAACAGACGACGCCAUGGCCCAGCAAUGGCAGCAGUAUCGAAAGUACACUAUUGAGGAACUGUCGGGUGUCUACAAUCGACUAGGCGUCCACUUUGACAGCUACGAAUGGGAGUCGCAGUAUUCCCAGCAGCAAAUCAGCGAUGUGCUGCAGAAGCUACGCUCUGCAGGCAUUCUUCAGCGCGAGCUGGAUGGCCGCGAGAUUGUGGUGGUGGAUGAUCGACGCAUUCCCGUAAUCAAAAGCGAUGGCUCUACGUUGUAUCUGGCAAGGGAUAUAGCUGCGCUUCUAGAGCGUCACUCCCGUUUGCAGUUCUCCCGCAUCCUCUACGUGGUGGACAAUGGCCAGGCGGAUCAUUUCAAUGCCUUAUUCAAGACAACGGCUGCCUUGGACAAGCGACUGAGUCUGGAGCAGCUGCAGCAUGUGAAAUUCGGCCGCAUUCAUGGUAUGAGCACGCGCCAGGGCAAGGCCAUAUUUCUGAGGGAUGUCCUGGACGAGGCACGCGACGUGAUGCGAGAGAAGCGCAAUCAAAGUGCAACCACCAGAGCGAAUAGCUCUCUGGACGAUGAAGAUGUCUGUGAUAUCCUGGGUGUUUCGGCUGUCCUGGUGAAUGUCCUCAAGCAGCGACGACAGCGCGAUCAUGAAUUCAGCUGGCAGCAGGCACUCCAAGUCAAUGGGGAUACGGGCAUUAAGCUGCAGUACACACACUGCCGCCUGCAUAGCCUUUUGGAUAACUUCAAAGAUGUAGAACUGGAGGACAUUGUACCCGAUUGGCAGCAUUACAGCCAGGAGCCAGUGGAUGCCUUAGAUUUGCUCUAUGAGCUGGCGCGUUUUGAUCAAUGCGUAUGGCACUCCAAGGAGCAAUUGGAGGCGUGUGUUCUGGUCAAUUAUUUGUUUGGUUUGUGCAAUGCCACAAGUCGUGCCCUGAAACGUUUACCUGUGAAGCUGGAGAGCUGCCCACUGAAGCAAUCACAGCGUUUGCUGCUCUUCCAAGCCGCCAAGCGGACGCUGCAGCAGGGAAUGCAGCUGCUGGGCCUCAGGCCGCUCGACCAAAUGUAGAGAAAGACUAUCUUUAACAUAGUUUGAU